CUCUCAACUCUAACCCUAAUUUUCUCUGGGAGCAAUUACCCAAAAAUGUUCUAUUACGCAUCAUCGCACUCGUCUCUCUUGGCUCCUACCAACACUCGCUCUCUAUACCACCGUUUUAGUGCCUCAACCCCUAUUUCAUCCGACCCAUUUCUAAUCAGACCCAGAAAACCUAGACAGUUAUUUCUAUCUGCUUCCAUUGCGGAGAAGAAUCUCUUGGUUUCGUGGGUAUCUCCGGAUAAAAAUGUCAGUGACGACUACAACGGGUGGGCAAUUAUUGAAACCCCCAUUGAAAAGAAGAAGAAAGGUUUGCCUACAUUUGUGUUGGUGGGUUUUGGGACUUCCAUUGCUGCUUUACUUGGUGUCAUUGCUCAUUUUUCACUAUCAAGAAAAGGUGUAGGGUUUUUGUUUAGGAGUCCAUUGCACUCUUUGCAUGGGAUUUUAAGGCCAUCUGGAAGAGAUAAAGGUAUUGAAAGUGGAACUGUUGAAUCUGAAGCAUCACUUGGAGAUAAAAUGGUUUCUGAAGAAAGUGUGGAGACAAUGUUUGAUGCGGUUAACGAUACCAUGGCAUCAGAGACAAACCAUAGUACGGGAGGAGAAAGAAAGCUUGGACGUAUUAUAAUUCCAGCUGCUGUGGAUUCUAUUCAACAGGAAGCUAUAGUGAUGUUGAAGAAACUCGAGAUCAUUGAAGAUGAUAUCAAGGCAGAUGAAUUGUGUACUAGGAGGGAAUAUGCAAGAUGGUUAGUUCGGGCAAAUUCACAACUGGAAAGAAAUCCAAAGCAUCGGAUAGCUCCAUCUGUGGUACUUGCUGGGUCAACAAUUACUGCUUUUGACGACGUGAAUGUUGAAGACCCUGAUUUUGGUUCCAUUCAAUCGCUGGCUGAAGCUGGCAUUGUUCGUAGCAAGCUCUUAAAUGAGUACUUUGGUCUGGAUGACUUAAGAGGCCAAGAAGAUGCCAAUUUUUUUCCUGAGAGAUUUCUUUCUCGUCAGGAUCUGAUAAAGUGGAAAGCCAAGCUGGAAUAUGAAUCAUAUGAUGUCCUGCCUGGAAUAAAUGAAGAGAUAUUUAGGAACAACGUGGGUUUUAUGGACAUGAGGGAGAUCAGUUCAGAAGCGUCAGAGGAACUUUUUGUGGACAUGCUGGCAGGCAACAAGAGCAUACUCAGAAAAGUUUUUGGACAGGCAAAGCGAUUUCAACCUAAUAAACCUUCCACGAAGGCGCAAGCAGCAGUGGCGCUGACAAGUGGGAGAAUGAAGGAAGCAAUUCAUGCUGAACUAUCAAGAUUAGAAGCUGAGAAUUCUUUAAGGAAAACUGUUAUGGAUGAAAUUCACACUGAACUUCUAGCGAGAGGAGACAUUCAAAGUUAUUGGAACAAAAAGAUGGAAGAAGAAAAAGGCCGUGGUUUGGAGGUGGAGGGGGCUUAUAAUGCAGCAGUGCACGAUCUUGAAGAGGAGAAGAUAGUUCAAGAGAGUACUCUAUCUGAAUUUCUGAAGAAAAAGGCAGCCAUUGACUGUCAGAAGCAGCUGCUUUCUAGCCUUGAGGAAGAAGUCAAUGAGAUGUCAGAGAGAUUUGCAUACGAGAGAGCUAAACAUUUGGAUGAGCAGCACAAUUUGCAGGGUAUACUGAGUGAUUUGCAGGUGAAGCACGAAGGGAUGCUUGAUGUAAAGUCGAUACUGGAAGCUGAAAAAGAAGCUCUUCGAAUACUCAGAUCUUGGAUCGAGGAUGAAGCAAGGAAAAGCCAAGCCCGUGCUAAGGUUCUUGAGGAGGUGGGACGAAGGUGGAAAUGGUAGAAGUAAUCUUAAGGCCCCUAUGAAAGUAGAGAUCGUUUAUUAAGGUGUCCAGAAGCCAUAACUCAUAGGAAUGGACAGUGUACUGGAGCUCCCUCCCUAUGUAUGUAAAGGCACUAUUGAUUUCCUGUUGUAAGGUGUUUGAGGCUCCUGAGGAUUUGGAACUUCAUAUUUCUUUCCAUUUUUCUUGAGAAAUGAGUGGAAAACUUUCACCCUCCAUUUUGGGUGGAGUGAUGUAAAAGGAAAAUGCUUAUAAAGUCAUACUCAAAAUCGGUUUCAGAGUUC